UUGUUUCCAGGGAAACACGGUGACUACACUACCCAGAAUUCUAACAACUCUGUUACCAUGGAGACGUAGUUAGCUUCGCAGUUGCUGGCUUGGCAGUAAGAUGAAUAGUGUGUAUAAAGUAGCUACUACCAUGCAUUUUUUGUUAGGGAGAAUGAAUAUUAGACAGAUGUACGAGUCUGUUUGUGAAAUAACGUCAGUCAUGACGAUAUAAGAAGCUCUGUUCAGUCAGUGUUUAUGUGCUCUGCCAAUAAGAUCCGGAGCGGUUUGGCGCUGCUGCUGCGCGCGAGUUUUCAAAGUGGGCGAGACUGCAGCUUAAAGAGGAAGGGCAGCCGGCUAACGUUAGCUUGUGUUAGCUUUGUAUCUCACGAAGUUUACUGCUUGGACAAAUAGUAACCAAAGUGGCGUUAAACUUCUGAACGGACCCGUGAAUCUGUACGUUUGAUUAAACGUAGCUAGCAUAGGUUUUUCUUAGCAUGGCCAGGUCGUUUUUUAUGUCUGUCCGGUUCGUUGUUGCAAAGACAAGCUAGCAUGGCCAGGGUAACGAUAGUUAGCUAGCUUAGCGUCGCUGCUUUGUAAUGUAAACAGCAAUGCGGCUGGCAGUUAAUAAACAUUAGCGACAGUACUUCAAUAAAGGAAUAAGCAGCUCACCAAAGGAAGCAACAGCCCUAUUUUGCAAGAGCGCACCGUACACCAACAGGCUGUGCAUUAUGUCUAUUGAUUUUGACAGUGCUGCUCUUCAAACCCAGCAUGAUGAGGAAGAAUACGAUCAAGAGGACUAUGCAAGAGAGCAAGAGCUGCACAAACUGCUCACAGACCUGCCUGAUGACAUGCUGGAUGACAGUAUCGACUCCUCCUCCCCAGAGCUGGAGUACUCUACCUGCAGCAAUAAAAACACUGGCAACAGCCCACGGUCCACAUGGACUCAGCAAUGGUCAGACCAUCCAAGGCCAAACUCUCAUGAACAGAACUAUGAAGUUGACUAUGAUCAAGGCUCUCAUGAGUACGCUUAUGAGGAUGGAGAAGUUCAGAUCAAUGGACAUCAGUGUCAUCCUCAAACUCAACCUCUGCCUCGCACCUGGAACCAGCAGUCACAGGAUCACCAUUUCACACAAGAUUAUAUGCACACCAGCAUGGGAACAGAAAACUCCACAGAGACCAAUGAUUUUUCCACAGAUGAAAUGUCUAACCCAUACCCUCAAGCCACUAAUAACCCCGUGGAAUAUAACGGAGAAGGAGGACGCAGGGACAACCACAUCUACGGGGAACACAACAAUGCCAGAAAUCAUUUUCAAAAUUUGAAGUCUGGAGCAGCAGACAGAGUUGUGGAUCAGUACAAGGCCAGCUACAAUCCUCACCAUCCUGCCCGUCAGCCAAAGAUGUUUAACUCACAGGCUGCACACCAAGAACGUCAGUUUGACCAUCUACAGAGAGAAUUCCUUGACUCGACACAACAAACUGCUGAUAGGGAGCAGCUUGCCCAGCUGCAGAUUUUAAACAAGGCUCAGCAAAGACAAAUUGAAGACCUGGAGCAAAAACUGGAGGAUUCAAGGCGUAACAUGAGAUAUCUCGAGCAUCAGUUUGCUAUCGUCAAAGAUGAAAAGGAUGGUCUAGCCGUGAGUCUCAAGGAAUCAAGUCGUCUGGUUGAAGAGGCCAAGGAGCGAGAGGUUCAAAUGCAGAGUAAAUUUAAGACAAUGGAGCAGCAAGUACAGGCCCUGAAUGAGAGAGACCAGGAGAACAUGAAGAAGCAGAGGGUGGCAGAGGCUGCAGUAGACAGUAUGAAGCAGCAGAUGUUGGAGCUGUGUCGCUCCGACACCCUGUCCAGAGCACGGGAGCAGCAUGAUCGAGACCUUGCUGUCAUAAAGGAGCAGCAUGAGGUUGCACUCUUGGCCAUAGAGCAGAAACUUGACUCUACCUCUCAGGCUCUGAGUGAACAGAUUGCUUUAAGUCAGAGGUUACGAGAGCAGGUGAAGCAGCUGGAGCGCCAGAGAGAAGAAGAGCAACUGGAGAGAGCCAGAGUUGUCAAUGCCCUCACUCAGCGUCUGGAGGAGAGUCAAAAACAAUGUGCCAAGCUUCUGCAGACAAGUUCAGUGCAGGAGACGAGUCAAUUGCAAAUCAAACUACAGCAGGCUCAAUCAGCCAAGGCACUGAGUGAAAAUAUGAACAAAGUCUUACAGGAGGAUCUGGCCGAUUUGAAGGAGCAGAUUACCCUGUAUGAAUCUGCUGUUAAACAUGGUGUUAUUGCAUUAGACCUGAAUGGUGACUGGGAGAACCAACUGUCUGAAUCCUGUGUGGAUUUAGGAUUAAAGAAAACCAACAGGAAAAAUGGCACUCUUCACAGUACUGCCCUGGCUAACCUGUCAGACUCUAAGCUGCCAAAGGAUGAAGCUUUGCGGCUGCUGCGAGUGGAGAUGCAGCGCUGUCUGGGUAGUUUAAAGGGGAAGCGGCAGAAGAUCAGCCAUCUACAGGAGGAGCUCCAGCACUGUCAGGCUAGAGUGAACGAGCUGCAGACCCAGUUAGAUGAAGCCAAGCUCAGCUCUUCGGUCAGAGAGACCAGCCCCAUCAAACAUCUAGACAUGACUAGAGAGUCUAAGAAAGAGUUAAUUAGACUACAGGAAGACAAACGACACUUGCAAGAACAAGUGGAGGUGCUAGAAAAUAAGAUUAAGGAGCUGAAACUGAGUGAGGACAAGGUGAAGUCUGCCAACUUGGAGCUGUGCACCAAGAUGAGGGAGAUGAUCCAGGACAUGGACCAAGAGAAGCAGGAGGCUGCGGAGCGAUCUGAGCGGAUCAACCAGCAGUAUAGGGACGACGUGGUGAACCGAGUCAAAACAGAGCUCAUGCUGGAACAUGACGCUCAUGUUGAACAGCUGACCGCACAACACCAGCAGCAGCUCCAACAACUGCAGACCCAGCUGUCUGAGGUCAAUGAUAAGAUGUUGGCAGUGCAAGAGUGUUACAUAUCUGUCUGCAAGGAGAAGGACAUGCUGGAAGAAAGAAUACGAGACAGGGAGAAGGAGGAGGCUUUGAUGAGAGAAAAUGAGCAAAAGAUGAGAGGGGAGAACAGUACUGUGAAGAAACUGAGAGCUGAGCUUGAGGCUCAGCAUCAGGCCUCAAUAAACCAGCUGAAAGCUCUGUGGUCCAAAGAGAAAGAGACUGAGAUCCAGCAGCAGGUGAACUCUCACGUAACCUCAGCCAAGGCUGCUUGGAAGGAGGAACUGCAAGAGAUGGAGAGGACCUGGACCCAGAGGCUGGAGGAGGCUAGUAGAGAGAAACACAGACAGACUGCUGAAGGAACCUGUCAGACAGAUAAGACUGAGGCCAGCAGUGUGACAAUCACUGUUGAGGAGCUGGACUCCAGGCUCAGUGCCCAGAAACUGCAGCUGCAACUGGAAACUGACAAAGUCAAACGCAAAGCUGUGGAGGAAGCCAGGAAACAAGCCCAGAGAGAGCUUCACGAGAAACACCUGGAGGACAUGGCCAAACAGGUUGAAGGCGCAGUGACCAGAGCCUAUAAUCGCUGGAUUGAAGAUUUGACUUCAUUACCAGAAUACCAAGCUUGUCUCCAGACAGAGAAGGAGAAAUGGGAGGAACAACAGGAACAACACACAGAACAACAGGUAACCCAGGCCCUGAAGGAGGCAGAGGAGCGGUGGCUUAAGCAGCACAGGAACCAGCUGGAGGAGCAGAGCUCUGAAGCGCAGAGGGUGGAGGAGCUCCAAGAGGAGGUGGCAACUCUCCAGAGCCAGCUGGAACAAGGGAGGAGAGAGCAAGGUGCCCUGCUGAAGGCUGAGCUGGCCGGAGCUAGAGCGGCCUGGAACCGAGACAAACAACAGGAGAUCUCUGUUAUCCAGGUUCACAGUGAGCAGGUGUACCAAACCAAGCUGCAAGAGCAGCGCAAGAAGCUGGAGCAGGCUCUGCAGCAGGCUAGACAGGAUGCCAAUCUCCAGAAGAAGGAGCUGCUCCUGCAGAUGGAGGCCAAGCUGCAGCAGACUCUGAGGGCCAGGGAGGAGGAGUGGAGAUGUCAGCAGGCAGAGAAGGAGCAGGCCCAGACACAGCAGAUGAGGGGGGAUUUACUUGCAGAGCUUCAGACUGGGCUGGCCGAGGUCCAGGGACAACUUCUCAGGGAUCCCAUAACAGAUCAGCAGGGCACUGAAGAAACCAGGAGGACCAGCGGCGCCACGUCAGAGGGCACAAUAACACACAUCAUCCAAACUUCCUGCAAAGACAUAGUCAACAGAGCAGUAUCCCAGGCCAAGAAGGAGUGGAAAAGAAUAAGUGAGGAGCGGUUGAGCCGGGUAUUAAAAGAAACGCAGGAACAGCACGAAAAAGAAAUCGACAAAAUGCAAAGCUCCUUGUCCCAGAGGAGAGAGCAGGCUCGUUGCAGUAAGGAUUGUGUUGAGACUGCAAGUAAGCUGCAGAAGAAGAACCAGGAGCUCCAGAGACACUUAGAAAAAGCGUGUCGUCAACUCCAGCACAGCGUUCGAGAGCACAAAACUGCUAUACAGCAUCUCAAAGAUGAACAUGAAAGCAGCUUACAAAAAGCAAAGGCGGAGCAUCUGCAGCAGCUAGAGGAUGUGAAAAAAGCCAAAGAAUCCUCAGGGACUUCUGAUCAACUUUCUGACCAACAAAAUCUUCAGCAGGGCCUCGAGGAGAUGAAGCAGCAAUACCUGCAGACUGUAGAAAAGAUCAGAGGAGACAUGCUUCGUUAUCUCCAGGAGAGUCGGGAGAGAGCAGCAGAGAUGAUCCGCGUGGAGGUGCAGAGGGAGCGGCAGGACACUGCCAGAAAGAUGCGGCGCUAUUAUCUGACCUGUCUGCAAGAGUUACUGGAGGACGGAGGAAAGACGACAGGGGCUGAAAAGAAAAUAAUGAAUGCUGCAAGCAAGCUGGCAGCUAUGGCUAAAGUGCUAGAGACACCUUUCAAAAGUAAAUCUGGAAAGAACUACAGUUUACCAAGUUGUCCGACAGCUGUGUCCACCACUGGCUGCCCUCCAGGUUUCAAUAAGAACCCAUCGACACUAACUGAGCUUCUUGACGUAAGACCAGAGGAGAGAUCCCACAGGGGAAAGACUUCUGCUGAUUCAGAGCAGAAACUAACCGCUGCAGUGAGGACUAAACCUUUGAGCCACCAGGACAUUUCUGCAUCUAGGAAGGAUGAGGCCUCAGCGGAUGCAGGGAUUAAGCUCCAGGCGGCUGGCAACACACAACUCCACUCUCAUAAACCUUCUCAACAGAUGGCCUCUCCGUCCCAGGUGGAUUUCGCCUGUGUGUCUGUGAGGAGUAAGAACAGGGAGCUGUACCUGCAGGGAGGUGAAUGUGUCAUAGCAGACAACCGCCUAUACUCAGAGCGACAGAGCAAACCCCCCCUCUGCCAGGAGGCUCCUGUCAGAGAUGAGAAACGGACCGACUGGAGCAUGACCAGCAGUGACUCGGACAUGGACUUCCAAGUCCCCAGACUAUCCUACUCAGGAAGGAGAGUAGAGCCGGUGAGGCCGUUUUCUGUGUCUGCUGCAUCAGCCACUGACUUCAAAGAGUUUGGUAGUCUUACCCCGGACGCAUCUGACCUGACAGUUUAUAAUGAGAUCGCUAAGAAGACACCUCACACCCAAACGUUGAACCAUCCCAAAGCGAAGAUGAGCGCACACAGACAGCCCACUCCUGGCUCUGAGGGUGAGAAGCAGCAUGGCGUUGGUUCCAGGCCUCUGUUCUCUGAGUUGAGACAGUGUCAGCAGGACAGCGGCUUUGACAGUCCUUUCUUCCAACAGAAAUGAUAAAAGUGAAGAACAAGUCUGAGGUGAAGUAGGGAGAUGAGUUUGAAACUCAUUUGAUGAUUUAAAUAAGUUUACCAAAUUGUGCCUUUUAGUACUGUGUUUUAAGGGUUACAUUUUAUAGAACCUUCAUGGAUGUGUGCAGUGUGUUCAUGUGUAGCAUGUUGCAUUAAAAUUAAAGGAAAUAGUUCAACAUUUUUGGAAAUACACUUAUUUGCACUUCUACUUAUUUGCUUUCUAGCCAAGUUUUGGAUGAGAGGAUCGACACCAUCUCAUGUCUGUACUCUCAAUAUGAAGCUACAGCCGGUUAACUUAGCUUAGCACAAAGACUGAAAACAGAUGGAAACUGCUAGCAUUGCUCUGUCCAAAGAUAACAAAAUCGCUAAUUAACACAUCACUGUAUUGCUUGUUUGUUUAGUCUGCACAAAAACCAAAGUGUAACAAUGAAAAAUUUGGGUUUUACAAGGGGGGUUAUGUGCCAGUGAAUACAGCAAGUCACUGCUCCAAGCCAAGAAAUAAUAAACAAAUGAGAUAUAACAUUUGAUGACAGUUUCUUGGCCAGGGGGAGAUUGAAAUAAGAUUAAAUGAGAUCGAAACAGACUGGAUGUAGUCUUUUCGCUAUGCUACGCUAACCCACUGCUGGCCGUAUCUUCACGUUUACCACACAGACAUGAGAGUGGUAUUUAUCUGCUCAUCUAGCUUGACCAGAAAACAAAUAUGUGUAUUUCCCAAAGAUGUCGAACUAUGACUUUAAUUCAUAGCUUGUUCCAGUGUAAAAAAAAAAAAACGCUGGUUACAUUUUAUACCUCUCUGUUGUGGCCUAGAUUAUGUGUCACAUCAGGCAACAGCAAAACAUUUAGAGUUCUGUAAAUACUUGUUUAUUUUGGCCUUUCAUAAUCCUGUUUGCAUUUCAGUCUAGCUUUCAAAAUGCAGCUGCGGGUCUUUGCCUCACUGAGAUUUAGGUCAGUUUGAGGAGCACAAAGCCAAAACAUAAACUUGCUGUCAGAAUAUUUGCAGUGCUCAGUCUGGAUUUUACAGUGUUGGUGCUCACUGUUACCCUGAGAGGUCUGAUGAAUACAGCCUCGAUAACUAGAAACCCACAAAACUUUUCUACAUUUUCACUGUGACGGUGUUAAAGUUCAUAGUGAUAUUUCACUGUAACAAACAUCCUCUUUUUUUUGACGAAUACCACAAUGUUUGCUCAUGAAAGCGAAUGUCUUACAUCACUUACCCGUG